UUCGAUUUCUUCCUCUGCGAUUAAUUUAGUUGCUUUGCACGGUGUUUGAUCCAACUUCUCACUAUUUUAUUUUGAUUUUCACCGGAAACAAAUUAUAGCAGGAUCGUUGAGGGAGUUGGACAUGGCAAGCUCGGCAGAUCGAACAAUUCCAAUAGAUUCACCAAGCUCUGCUUUGAAUAAGUUUAAACAGCAGAAUCUCCCAGCAUGUAAGCCAGUCCUCAGGCCAUCCUGUGUUAUCACUUCCUUUUUGGUGCUCGGUUUUAUUUUCGUUCCUAUUGGACUUACCACUCUUUGUGCUUCUCGUACUGUUGUUGAAAUUGUUGAUCGCUAUGAUUCGGGAUGUGUUCCUGGGGCUUUUAGAAGCAACAAAGUGUCCUUUAUCAAAGAUACCUCUCUUCCCAAAAACUGCUCUCGGGUCCUCAAGGUGCGCAAACAUAUGAAAGCUCCAAUUUAUAUCUAUUAUCAGCUUGACAAUUACUAUCAAAAUCACAGAAGGUAUGUGAAAAGUAGAAGUGAUCAGCAACUCUUACAUGGACUUGAGUCCAACAAUACAAGUUCCUGUGAACCUGAAGAGUUCAAUAAUGGUCUUCCUGUUGUCCCUUGUGGGCUGAUAGCAUGGAGUUUGUUCAAUGACACGUACACAUUUAUUCGUGGAACAAAAGAAUUGAGCAUCAAUAGGAAGAAUAUUGCAUGGGAGAGUGAUCAUGAUAGCAAAUUUGGGAAGCAUGUAUAUCCCCUUAAUUUCCAGAAUGGAACCUUGAUCGGUGGUGGGAAACUAGAUCCCCAUAUCCCUCUAAGUGAUCAAGAGGAUCUCAUUGUAUGGAUGCGCACUGCUGCUCUUCCUAGCUUCCGCAAGUUGUAUGGUAGAAUUGAAGAGGACUUGGAGGCAGAUGAUGUUAUAGUGGUCCAUCUAAUGAACAAUUAUAACACAUACAGCUUUGGAGGAAAAAAGAAGCUUGUUCUUUCAACAUCAAGCUGGCUAGGAGGAAGGAAUGACUUCCUUGGAGUUGCCUACAUCUUUGUUGGCGGUUCUUGUAUAAUCCUUUCAAUUGUCUUCUUGUUGCUUCAUAUGAAAAAUUCAAGGUACUAAAAAGUCCUAGGUGGUUCUUUUUUGGUUUUUGAUGGGCCUUGUCUGGACAAAACUUUACCAUCCUGGAGUGAAAAAGACCUUUCUAGUUGAAGAGGUGACGAUGCUUUCCAAUUUAAGAUUAUUAAAUGAUAAUUGUAGUCGUCGUGUAUUUUGUUUUGACAUUGCUGAACAACUUGAAAAUGUGUUAGGACUGACACAAGGAGCUUGAGGGUGAUUUAAAAGAAAAGAGUGAUAUCUGAUGCUCAUUACAUUUUAUACA